AUGUUGAACCUGCAAGGUCGAUCACUACAAAGUGCCAUCGCGGUGAGCGCUGGAAGCGCAUACCUUUUGUUUGGCUACGAUCAAGGCGUUCUGGGUGGUCUUGUAUCAUACCCAGGGUUCUUGUCGGCCAUUGGCAAUCCUAGCUCUGGGUAUCUAGGAACCAUAGUGGCUCUCUUCAACAUCGGUUGUCUCAUAGGUUGUGUAAUUUCGGCCUUUUUUGGCAAUCGACUGGGCCGGAAAAAUGCCAUUACUCUCGGAUGCGUGAUUAUGGUCAUCGGCGGUGCGGUCCAAGCCAGUACCUACAGUGCGGGUCAGCUGAUCGCUGGUCGCAUAAUCUCUGGAAUUGGCAAUGGUAUCAAUACCUCAACAGUCCCCGUUUACGUGUCUGAAACCUCCCGAACCGCUGUACGUGGGAGAUCGCUCGCCAUCCAAAUGUCAAUCGUCAUUUUUGGCACGGUCGUUGCCUACUGGUUGGACUACGGCAUGAUUCGCACUCAAAUUGGCGAGGUUGUCUGGCGCUUCCCUCUAGCUUUCCAAAAUUUCUUCGCUUUAAUCACCAUUAUUACCAUGCCACUGUUGCCCGAAUCACCAAGGUGGCUUUACUCGCACGGACGGCAACGCGAAGCUAUACUUGUGCUUUCAAGAUUGCUUGCUUUAUCGGAGGAUCAUCCUGACGUGUCCACCGUCGUGGCUGAGAUGGAGCAAGCUCUGUCAGUGGAGCAAAGCAAAAAGGAGAAACUCAGCAUCUCAAGCUUAUUGUUCGAGAAAACGGAGAUGAAGAAUGGGCGACGCUUGACAUUGUGCUUUGCAAUUCAAUUUUUCCAACAAUUCACUGGAAUCAACGUUAUUGCGUUCUACGUCACCAUCGUACUUGAAACGAACGUUGGCCUCUCGCCCGAAUUGAGUAGUCUUGUGGCCGGGUUUAUCCAGAUCGCAUUCUGGGUGGGCACAUUCCCACCGAUAUUUCUCAUUGACCGACUUGGUCGCCGAAGAGUGCUGAUGUUAGGAUCAACUAUGCUUUGUCUGGCUUUGGUAUUGUUCACGGUAGGAAUCGCACUUAAGACACCUGCCUCGUCGCGACUGGCCUUGGGAAUGCUCAUUAUAUAUGAAAUAUCUUUUGGAAUGAGCUGGAACGCAGUACCCUGGUUAUAUGCACCGGAGAUCACGCCCCUCAACAUUCGUCAUGUCGGCGCAGCGGUUGGCUGUUUUUCCGAGUGGCUAUGGACAUUUGUAAUCGCACAGAUGACACCUGCGGCCAUCGCCAAUACAGGUUGGAAGAUUUACCUUCUUUUCUGUUUUAUGACUGCGCUCAGCAUUCCAUUCGUUUACUUCUUUAUGCCUGAGACAAGCGGAAAGACACUGGAAGAAAUUGAUUACAUAUUUGUGAAGCACAGAGGUCAUUCGAAUGAGUUGAUGGAUACUACUGCGUCCUCUUCGAAUGAGGCGGCGGAAAAGUCCGAAGGGGAGCUGGCCCAGGUUGAGAGAGUAUGA